AUGGUCCAAAACCAUGACCUCCAACCCACCCCACUAGACGUCCAAACAUGGCUUAGCGCGGGUUUAACCUACAUAACCGUUUGUCACAAAGGGUUCGAGUCGAUUAACAUGACCAACACCACGUUACCCAUAAUAACUACCAAUUUGACCGAACUAAUAGUCAACUCUUUAGCUAUUAGUGUUACUAUUCCUUCUAGUAAUAUCAACAAACUCGUUGAUGUUAACUUUAGCGACAAAUACAAGCUUGCAGAUUUUGCGAACGAAGAGCCCGACGUUGUGGUGGCUCAAGAUGGUUCGGGUGAUUUUAAAUCGAUUCAAACAGCGGUAGAUUAUGCGAUUCAUCGGGUGCCACACAAGAGAUUUGUGAUUUAUGUGAAAGCUGGUAUUUAUGAAGAAUAUGUGGAGAUACCAGUGACAGUUAAGUGGAUCAAGAUGUAUGGUGACGGAAUAAAUAAGACAAUCAUCACCGGUAACCGGCAUUCUGGUGGUGACAUGCUCAAGACGUCAAAGGCAGAAGUAUGGAGUCACAGAUUUAUCGCUCAGGACAUCACAUUCCAGAACACCGCGGGGCCACAAGGAGGGCAAGCCAUUGCGGUCCUCUCCGCCUCCGACCAAUCCGCCUUUUACCGCUUCAGCUUUGAAGGAUACCAAGACACACUUCUUAGUAUGGCCUAUACACAAUUCUACAAAGAAUGCCAAAUCUUUGGAACCGUAGAUUUUAUUUUUGGUGGCGCGAGAGCAGUUUUCCAAGACUGUGAUAUCUUUAUUCGAAAACCAUUACCAGGUAGCGGGUUAGUAGUAACGGCUCAUGGACGAAACAAUGAUUACGAACCCACUGGAUAUUCGUUACAAGGGUGUAAGGUAACCGCCGCACCCGAGCUUAAUCCGAGUGACUAUGCAAAAGCGUUUCUAGGAAGGCCAUGGUUUGGGCUGAGCCGGACCGUUUAUAUGCAAUCUUUUCUUGAUGGGUUGGUGGACCCACAAGGGUGGGUUGAUGAUUGGGGUCACAAAGAUACUGCUUAUUGUGGAGAGCACAAGAAUUAUGGGCCAGGUUCUUCUACUAAUAAUAGGGUCAAUUGGCCCCAUUACCAUGCCAUAACAGAUCAAAAUACAGCCGAGUUUUUCACGGUGGCCCAUUUCAUUUCGGGCUAUAACUGGCUUCCUGAAACCGGUGUGCCUUUUACACCAGGGUUUGAAAACCAGCCCGUACGACUAAAUUGA